AACAUGGAACAUAAAUACACAAAAUAAAAGAUGAACAACCAUUUCGCAAUCAACUCAAAUACGAAGACCUAAACGAAUUUAAACAAUUAUGACACCUAUGUACUUACUGUUCCCUCCAGUUUCUCUCUCUAAAACCAGUCCUCGUAAAGACCAAACCUCUCUCUCUCUCUUCAUCGACCAAACCAAACAUCACUCUUUUCUCUUUUCUCCCCACUGUCAGAUUUUGAAUACAGCAACAAACAUCAACAAGCCCUAGGAAAAAAAACACAGAGCUCGAAGAAUGUCUAAACUACCCUUCUUCCUCUGUUUCGCUACAAUCUUUCUCUCCUCCUCCGCCGAUCACCGGCUCCACUCUCGCCACUUACUCCACCAACCGUUUUUCCCGGUCACCACCGCCGCACCACCACCCUCUUCCCAACCCCCCUCGCCUUCUCCACACUCCCUCCACCAUCACCACCACAAGAAUCAUCCAGAGUCGCCUCCACCCCACGAGAAACACCUCUUCUCCUCCGUCUCAAACCCUCCGCCUCCUCCGCCGUCUCCGCCUCAUCCAAACACCUUUUUCCCCUCUGCGGACCCAUCCUCACCCACCUCUCAUCCCCCGCCAUCACCUCCUCCUCCUCCCCAUCGAGCUUCCCUCCCUACUUUUCCCGCCAACAUCUCCUCCCUCGUCUUCCCAACCCACAGCAAGUCUCCCAGCAGCAGCAACAACCGCCACGUAGCCAAGCUCCUCGCCGUAGCCGUCUCCGUAGUCUCCGCCGCCGUUCUCCUCUCUCUCCUCGCCGUGUUGAUCAUCUUCCUCCGCCGAACCCGAACCCGCCGCGCCUCCCCCGGAGACGGCACCAAAUCGGCCGGAACAGACGCUCUCCACCUCUUCAACGCCGCUCCCUCCGACGGCUCUCUGAAACACUGCAAACAGCAGCCGCCGAAGUACGCUUCUUCCAACACCUCCUCCGAGUUUCUCUACUUGGGUACUCUUGUCAACUCUGGUCUAGACCAGCAGAAGUCUCCCGUCUCAGUCGCCGGCGUUUUGGAGUUACCACCAGCUCAGGCUGCUUCUUCUUCUUCUUCCUCUUCUUCUUCUGCUGCCUCUUCUUACUCGCAGUACCGGAAGAUAGGGUCCCCCGAGCUCCGUCCUCUUCCUCCUCUGCCAAAGCUUCCGGUUUACUCUCCCAACUACAGAAGCACCGAACUUUUAAACCCUAAAAGACAAGACUUUGACGGAGGAGACGACAACGAAAACGACGAGUUUUACUCUCCCAGCGGAUCUCCAGUUCGUAAGCAGCAGAGCCCGCCACGUGUCUCUGCUAUCAAAGCCUCGAACUCGUCGGGCUCUGUCUCUUCCUCCAAUGGUUCGAAACCUAAGUCCUCUCUUAGUCCUCGUCUCUCGCUGAACAGCUCAAACGGCAGCGUUUCGAAGAAACCUGUUCCAACAAGACCACCACCACCACCUCCUCGGCCUCCUACGCAUUUUCAUGAGGUUCCGGCUACUACGUUACUCUCGCCUCCUUCUGAUUCGGACAAGAAAGAGGAGACCUUGAAACCAAAGUUGAAGCCUUUACACUGGGACAAGGUUAGAGCAAGCUCGAGCCGUGUUACCGUGUGGGACCAGAUCAAGUCAAACUCUUUCCAAGUGAAUGAAGAAAUGAUAGAGACAUUGUUCAGAGCGAAUGAUCCAACUUCAAGAACAAAAGAGUCUGUUGGUGUUGUUCAAUCUACGAGUAGUCAGGAGAAUAAUAAUAAUAAUAAUCAGUUUCUUGAUCCAAGAAAGUCACACAACAUUGCUAUUUUGCUUAGAGCUCUUAAUGUAACCGCCGAUGAAGUCUGCGAAGCCCUUGUUGAAGGAAACUCGGAUGCGCUUGGUUCCGAGCUUCUCCAAUGCCUGCUUAAGAUGGCACCUACCAAAGAAGAAGAGGCCAAGCUGAAGGAGCUUAAAGGAGAUGAUGAUGAUGAAUCAUCUCCUUCCAAGAUUGGACCUGCAGAGAAGUUCCUCAGAGCUUUGCUCAACAUUCCUUUGGCUUUCAAGAGGAUCAACGCAAUGCUUUACGUAGUCAACUUCGAGUCGGAAACCGAGUACCUCAAAAGAUCAUUCCACACCCUCGAGGCUGCUUGUGGGGAGUUAAAGAACACUAGGAUGUUCUUGAAGCUUCUAGAAGCGGUUCUCAAGACGGGGAACCGGAUGAAUGUUGGGACUAACAGAGGAGACGCACACGCUUUCAAGCUCGACACGCUCUUGAAGCUGGUGGAUAUCAAAGGAACAGAUGGGAAGACCACCUUGCUGCACUUUGUGGUUCAAGAGAUCAUAAAAUCAGAAGGAGGUCGCGUUUCUUCUUCCACCGCUCCAACUCAAAGCCCUAUAGGCGUUGUUAACAUAGCCGAGCAAUCAGCGUUCCAAGACGACUUAGAGCUGAAGAAACUUGGGUUGCAAGUCGUCUCAGGUCUCAGCUCUCAGUUAACAAACGUCAAGAAAGCAGCUGCGGUGGAUUCGAACUCCCUGGGGAACGAAGCAGGUGAGCUCGCUAGAGGGAUAACAAAGGUCAAGGAAGUAAUCGAUGAGCUAAAGCAAGAAGCAGGAGCAGAGAGGUUCUUGGACUCGAUGAGCUCGUUCUUGAGCAAAGCUGAGAAAGAGAUCACGGAGAUACAAUCGCAGGGAGACAAUGUCAUGAAGAUGGUUAAAGAAGUAACGGAGUACUUCCAUGGGAACUCGGAGUCUCAUCCUUGUCGGAUAUUCACCGUUGUCAGAGACUUUCUGAUGGUUCUUGAUCAAGUGUGUAAAGAAGUUGGUCGUGUAAACGAGAGAACAGUGUAUGGUUCUUCAGUACCACGAGGUUCAGCUUCGAACCAGGCUGUCACCACGCCGCUUUUCCCCGUGGCUAACGAUAACAACUCAGAGCAGAGUCACUCGGGAUCUCUAGACAACGAAGGAGACGAGGACUUGUUCUAAGUGAAAACGAUUUGAUUCAGUGUAUUUGUCUAGUGUGUUUUGGUUUCAUGUGGUCCGUACUGAAGAAACAUAUGUUUUAUGUGUAUUUAAAAUUUUGUAAUGAAAGUUAUUAGAUUUUUGGAA